AUGGCCGCUAGGAUUGCGCAAAAUUGUAGACUUUUGAAAUUUCGUUCUUUGGCAAACUUGAAAGUUAGAAAUUUCUCUAAGGUAAGUAUAGAGACAAUGAAGGACUGUCUUCGGCGUCAGCCAAAUGAUGUAUUGAUAAUUCUGAAUAGUUUAUCCGCGAUUUGAUCCGAGAAGGGAAGUCCCUGGAGAUGAAUAUUGCUCAAUAAACAGAUCGAACUUUUCUUCAAAAGAGCAAUUUAUUGAAUUAAAAUUGUUCCUCUAAAUAAUCAAAUUUUUUUAGUUGACUCACCUUGCAUGAAUUUGGGAAAAAUAUCAACUUAAUAACUAAAACAUUGAAGUGAACGGACAAUGAAAUUAGGAGCCGAUUUUAGAGUAAAAUGGAGAAUUACAAUCAAAAUGAGGGGAUGUAUUUUUUGCAACUAUACAUUGCAGCAUUGAGUGAUUCUUUGAUUCUUACUUAACUCCAACAUGCAUGUAAUCUUCCACUGAGUGUCCCAUGCCAGGACAAUUCAAGUUGGAGAGGAGGAGGGGGAGGGGGGUAGGGUAGGGAGGUAAUUCUUAUUCCUGGCUACACAGUGUGAAUGCACUAAGGAUACACUUUUUAUGUUCUGUUUGAAUUUCAGUCCAUUACAGGGUUCUCCAAGUAUUUUUUAAGAUUUUUCCAAUAAUUUGCACCCAUUUAUACUCUGCUCUUGGAUAGAGGGGGAUGUUAAGAAAAUAAAAUGACUUAGCCCUUAAAUUAGGUCAUGUUGAAAACCAUAAUGUGAAUGAUUGAGUUUGUAAUGUUAAUUGUCCACCCUAGUGAGUUUCUAAAGCUGAUGUUUCAAGUGUUAACCCUUCAUCAGCACUACAGUUUUUCAGAAACUCACCCUCUUUAUUCCCUCAUUCUUUUAUCACUGUGACAACUCAACUCUGGCCAUUUGCUCUGACGAAGGCUAAAUCUUGAAACAUCAGCUUUAGAAACUCUGUUGAUUAAACCAAAUUAUCUUGUAAUACCUAUCACUGAUGCAAUACCACAGCUCAGCACUCCAAGUUGUGACCAUUUUGGUCACCAUGGUAGGUAGAAAAUAUGUUUGGCAACUAAAAUUUUGGCACAAAUCACCAAUCAGCAACCAACAGAUUUGAAAAGGAAGAAAUUUGAAAAAUCUGUUAAUGUUUGGUCAAAUUAUCAAAUAUACAAUUGCCAUCUUAAGAAAAUUUUUUUGUGACCAAAUUGUUUUCUAAGGUGGCCAUUCACCUAAAGGCUUUUUUUUUAAAAAAAAAGAACUUGGAGCCCUCCAACUUUUUUAGAAACCUACCCCUUUGUUCAUGACAUGAAUGCAUUGUCUACGUCAUUGUGAUCUCAUGGAAGGUAAAGGGAUGAUCAACAAACAAUUUUUGGGUUUUAUAAUCAAUUUACUUAUUAAAUUAUCCUUGAAAUAAAUAUAACACAAAUUUUAUAGCUUUUUCAUAAUUUUUUUUUUUUUAAAGGAGUUACGCCAUGGCUUUAUUGGAAUGGUUGGCAAGUAAGCCUGAAAUAAACUUGUUUUCCAGUUUUAUUUAUACAGCUUUAAAACAUUAUUUUAUUGAAGCUCAUUGCUAAAUUUUUUUCUUUGCUGGUAGCACUCCUCUGAUAAGAUUUAACAAGCUCAGUGAGAAAACAGGUGAGCAUUAAAAUAAAUUAUAUAAUUUGUCUGCUUAAUUUCUUCUCAGAAAAAUGGAUGCUCAUCUCAAGGAUUGUUGUUGUAAUCUCUGGGAUGGGAGAGGAGGGGGAGCGGAGAUGUUGCAUGGUGUCCAAUAUUUGAGAAAAAAAAUUGUGUAGAAAAAGUGCAGUGGGAAAGUUUGGGAUGUUUGCUGGAUAUUUCCCAAGAAAAAGUAGAAUACUGGGUACAGGAAGGUUCGCUUCUCUAUGGUUUUGCCGUUACUCUUAUUUCUAAUGCUUUUUAACCUUCCUCACCUUAACUUAAGUAUGCAUAUUCCCCACACUGUCCUCUGUACUUUUCCUGAGGUUCUGACAAGGAGAAUUUGUGUAACAAUCAAGAGCUUUUUCAGUUGGUGGUUGUUUUCUUUAUUCUUGCAACAUCCAUGUUUGUUCAGUGCUGAUUUUGUAAGGAGAAAUUAGAUGCUAGUCAGUCUUAAUGCCAAAGGGUUUUUCUGAUUUGUUGUUCAGGAUGUGAUAUCACUGCUAAAGCUGAACAACUCAACCCUGGUGGCUCUGUGAAAGAUCGCGCUGCACUGUACCUUAUUAAAGAAGCAGAGGAAAAAGGUUUGUAUUUCCUCUUGUCAACAUUUUCAUCAUAAUGGGGGCUAAUUCUUACACGCCUAGUGAUUCAUCACUGCAACUGGAGUUCCGUCAGUUUCCUUUAACAUGAAGAAGCCUUAAGACUCUUCUGGGAUGGAAUGCUGGCCAGUGACAGUUCCCCCCUCCGCUGGCAUUUUUUUAGGUUGCUGUGAUAGUUUGUCGGAUGGGUAUUCCAUAUUUACCCUUGGGUUGAAAGAAGCAUUUUGAGAGAAAAGUGCCCCUCCUCCCCAAAAAAAAAAAAAAAAAAAAACUGUCUCAAUGGCCCUAGUGGUUGCAACAGUUCAAAUCCACAAAUCACGCCAGUAUAAGGAUCUGUGGAUUUGUUUUAGGCCUUAUUAACCCUUUACACUCCAUAAUUGGAGUUCAUAUUCUCCAUUCUGUUCUCUUAACAUUUCCUAUAGUACUGACAAGGAGAAUUUGUUUGACAAUAAGGAGCUUCUUAAAUGAGCGAUCAUUUGUUUUAUUUUCAUGACCUAUACUUUUUAUUCAAGGGUAUAAUGUAGGGAGAAAUAAGAGGCUAGUCACUCUUUGGUGUUAAAGAGUUAAUGGCUGUGAUUUUUCUGUUCAACAAUGAUAAGUUCAGGAAUACUUUUUUCUGGUUGUACAGCUAGUUGCUUGGGAAGUUUGGGAACCAGGUAGGCUACCAGAAUCUGAAAAUUUUCAUUAUUUUCUAUUUGUCUCUAGGUUUGAUAAGACCUGGUGGAACUGUAGUCGAAGGAACAGCUGGAAAUACAGGUUUGUAUGAAAUUAUCAAUUGUUUUGAUUUGCUGUGUUAUGAUUAUCUUGUGAAAGAGUGCAAUAAGUUAUUGUGUCAGAGUAAUCAUUGGGUUUAUUUUAGGUAUAGGACUUGCACACAUCUGUCUUGCCAAGGGUUACAAGUGUGUUAUUUACAUGCCAAAUACACAGUCACAGGUGGGUGUCAACAGAGCUUUGUUUUAGUUAUGAAUACCUGGGCAUAUUAAUCCUUUAAUUCCAUGAUAUUUUUCUUCACUUGUCUGUUGGAUAUUUUAUGAAUAUUGAAAGAAGAAAUUCUUUCAUGGCUACACUUGGGAGUUAAGGUUUAAGAAAUUGUCGUGAUGAUUAUCCUUCAUUGUUGGAAUUCAAAAGUAUCCUUUUUACUAGGAAAUGACUCAUGGUAUUAUGAAGAGCUAAUUUUAGCUGAGAAUUGCUUUUAUUAUUUUAACAUUCACUUUUUUCUAUCUGCCAUUGGGAAUUUGUACAUUAAAACAAAAAUAUUUGCAUUUUUUUUAAGGAAAAGAUAGAUGUAUUAAAGACAUUAGGUGCUGAUGUACAUCCCGUGCCUGCUGUUCCAUUUGAUGACCCUAUGAACUACAACCAUCAGGUGAUCAUUUCUCCUUAUCAAACAAUUAUUCCACAAGCGCACAUUGGAUAUGUGAUGAUAAAUAACCAACAAGGCCUGUAAGGCUGAGUUGGCUCUAAUCAUCCCAUAUCCAACAGGCAUGAGUGGAUAAAUGUUUUAUCAAAAAAUGCCCCAAAAUAUUAUUAGAUAAAUAUUUUCAACUUAAUUUUGUAAGAACAUAUUAUUAAAGCAUGAUAUAAUGGCUCAUAAUCCAUGAUGGCUAAGCCAAUGAAAACUCUAGAAUUGCAUUAUCCAGUUUUAAAUAAUAGCUUUUACAUACCAUAUAACUGUUGUCUAUUUGAGAGUAGAUGGCGGUGGGAUGGGAAAAUAUUUGGGUCUUGCUCAUAGCUUAGGGUCUGAGGACAGCAAAGUCUGCCUGUCAUAACUGGGAGCAAAAUAUUUUACAAUCUAACCUAACUUAACCUGGUCCAUAACAUUUUAUCAUUUAAUCCUCGCUCUUUUUUUUUCCUUUCUUUUAGCUUGCAUCUUCUCUAGGCAAUAUAGCUUUAUCCCUCCCUGUCAUGCCGUUGCAUAGAGUCCUUGUAUAAGGGGAAUUUUUGCCUAAUGUUUUUCAAUAAGAGAAUAUGCACUGGGCUUUAUGGGUCCCACAAAAAAGGCUUGUUUGAAACCCAAGUAGCAGGGUAAUGAAAACUUACUGAAUAAAUGCACAUGACAAGUCUUAGAAUGCAUGUUAGAAAUUUUUAACAUGAAUUUGCCAAGAGAACCACUUGGAGUAUGGCUUUAGCUCUGUUUUGUCUGCUAGACAUGUAACCCAAGUGAGAUGAGAAACACCUUUGACAUUUAAAGGAAUGCAAUUGUUAAUAUUGCAGUGAAGAACUAGAGGUUAGAGACUUUUCCUUACUUUUAUUUUCUGAUUUUCAGGCCAGACGAUUUGCUGAAAGCAUUGACAAUGCUGUAUGGACAAACCAGGUAAUUCUAAAUGAGACCACAGUCAAUCAAAGUCGGGAUGUUGAUGAACAGAAGGACAUCUCUUCAUUCUGUCCAAUUUUGGACACUAGUAUCCCAUUGUAGACAAAACCAGACUCUAGAGUAUAAAAUCAGACACUAGCAUCUCAAAUUGGACAACAGUGUCUAAUAUCUGGCGCUAAUGACCAAAAUUGGACACUUUUGCCACAAAUUGGUUUUAGACAUCAGUGACAAGUUUUGGAUGAUAUUUCAGACUCUAUUGUCCAAUUUUAGACACUAUAGUGUGCGAUUUUAGACUUAGCUGUCUGAUUUUGAACUCUUAUACUAAUUUUAGACACCAGUGUCUGAUUUUGGUUUCUAUAUGUGUCAGAUUUUAGAUAUUAGUGUCUAAAAUUGGUCACUAGUGUCUAAAAUCUAACACUUGUUAUGUCCAAAAUCAGCACUAGUGUCUAAAAUCUGACAAAAGCAUCCAAAACUGCACUUUAGUGUGUAAAACCACACACUUGUGUCAGAAUUUGGUUACUUGCAUAUUAGAUUAGACACUAGUGUUGAAAGUUGGACGCAAAUGUCUAAAAUGGGACUGUGGCGUCUAGAAUCAAACACUAGUUUCUUUUCAGUCACUUUUGUCUUAUUGGACAAUAUUAUAAUAUCUCUUGCCUAAAUUUAUCUAUCUUGUUUUUCCCUUCGAGGAAAGCUUGAGUUUUUUGAGCCUUGGUGGUUUUUUUUAAUUUGGUUUUAUUUUUCAUUUACACAUCAUAAUUACCAUAAUUAAUAGAUUAUUUUAUAUGAUCUAAACAUCUGGUGCAAAAUAAAGUAAAGAAAUGAUAUUUGUCAAUAUUUAUUUAGUUUGACAACAUAUCAAAUAGAAGAGCUCAUUUUGAGAUGACGGGGCCAGAAAUUUGGAAUCAAACUGAUGGAAAGAUAGAUGCUGUUACGUUUUCCACUGGAACUGGUGGCACUUUAGCAGGUGAUGAUACAUCAUUUCUUCUUAUACAAAGCAGUAGUGGUUUGAACCCAGACGUAACUGUUGACUGUGCAGUCUAAGUUCAGGUGGAAGUAGCUUUGUAAAGAUCUGUUGUUUUUUGGGGUGACUGACAUUUUGACAAUCAGAGCCCAUAAUAACUUACCACCUGGUUGUUGAAACAUCAGUCAUUUCUACCAACAACAAUCAUUUUCAGUACUAUUCUUACCCAGACUGCAAUGGGAGAUGUGGUGGGUGAAUGGUUGGUGCACUGGGGUCUGGGUUGAGAGGUCUGGGUUCUAGACCUGGUUGGGUCAUUGUGUUGUGUUCUUGGGCAAAACACUUCACCUUCGCAUUUCCUAUUCUAACCCAGGAGUAUAUAUGUGUAUCUGUGGAUUGUCAGGGAGGCUUGAUGAAUUGCUGGGGUAACCUUGUGUUGGUGUGGCUUCCCAUCCAGUGGGGAUUAAUCACACUUCACCUCCACAUUUCCUCUUCCCACCCAGGAGUAUAUAUGUGUAUCUGCGGAUUGUCAGGGAGCUUGAUGAACUGCUGGGGUAACCUUGUGUUGGUGUGGCUUCCCAUCCAGUGGGAAUUAGUCAUAUACCCAGUCACUUUGUAGAAAGGAAAGCAGGAUAGGCUCUGGCUGGGUGGGUUCAUAUCUUACCUUACCAAGACAUCAGCUAAGACUUCAUGAUCCACUCCUCUUUCUAAAAUUUGGUUUUUGAAGUUGCUGAAGUUAUUGUUGGUUGUGAGAACCACAUCCGAAGGUAUCACAUGAAGUAAUGUUUCUUUUUUUUCUUUAAUACUAGGUGUAGGAACAUAUCUUAAAUCAAAGAACCCAAAUGUCAAAGUUGUUUUAGCUGAUCCUGAGGUAACCUCUCACAAAGUAAUAUUCCAUCUUGUUCCACUAUUAGCAUGAAAACCAGUGGAGGAGAAAUUCAAAAGUAUGGUGCUAUCUGUGCUCCUCUAUAAUUUCUAAUCCCUUUCAUGUGUCACUUUUGACAAAAACGUAACCUCAUGUUCUGAAACAAGCAUGUUAACUAAGAAAAGAGAGGCGGAAAAGGCAUUCUGGUUAAUACCUUAGUGACAUUAGGCUAACUUUCCUCUUGUAUAAUCUAUAAUGUAUUUAAAUGGAGUAGCUAUUUGACACCUCGAACCUUACAAAAAAAUGACCUCACCCCACUCCCCCUUGGCGAGAAAAAAAUCUUCAUAUAGUUAACAGUCCGGGAUAGUUAUCAUAUUAGAUAACCACGUGACAUCAUAACAUGGCGACCAUUUCGGAUAUCGAGGAUUUUUGUACCCAAUUCGAAAUGCUCGUUGUUUAUUCGUUAUUACCCGCCGUAUAUACCAAUAAUUUUAUCGGAAAUUAGGGAAUAAAAACUAAUCUUUGCGUGUACUUCGUGGUUUACCAUGAGUUUUUUUCCCAUGCAUAUGACAUUUUCCCUUCUUUAUGCAAACAGGGUAGUGUACUGUACAAUUACAUCAAAACUGGCGAGUUAAAAAGAAGUGAUGGAAGUUCUAUCACCGAAGGUAACAGAAUUCGUUCUUUUCUUUUGAAAUAAACAUUAAUCCAGUUUUUUAGGUAGCUGUUACGAUUUAUGUGACGUGGCAAAUUUUUCCGAAAAACCCUGUCACUGUGACAGACUUCUCAUCCCUUUAGAACGGGGGAACUGAUGCAAUGGAACGAAACUUCUAUAAAAACUUGUUACUCCAUAAGGAUGAGACGCUUUUUCACCGGAACUUAAGCCCCGACCACACUUAUCUGUUUUAAGAGUCGGCUUUGAUCUCAACCGAAAUGACUACAAAAGGUUUUUGCCCACACACUCCACGUUUUCAAGCCCCUUAGCUAUAGGAAUAUGAUAACUUAUCAUUUAGAGGAGAUGUAAUCUCAUAGAAAAUGAUUUUGUAUCUGUUUGUAUUUUGUUUUUAUCUGUUUGUUGUCAUAUGUUGAAAUUUUUCCCCAGGAAUUGGACAGGGGCGUGUAACAAGCAAUUUAAAUGGGGCUCCAAUCGAUGAUGCUGUGUUUGUGUCUGAUAAAGAAGCAGUAGAGAUGGUUAGACAACUUGAUUGGUUUAUAUCUUGAUUUACACAGAUUACACCUUUGUUCAUUAAUUUUUACCAAGUAGCUGAGAUACUCGACGCGUUCUGAUGUGUCCAAAAUCUCCCGUUUAUCCUACCGAUAGACUCAUUGCCAUCUUAAUUAACGAUUAGAUUAUGAGCUCGAGAGUUCUAUCACGAGUUCUAUCAUACCAAUCGAGAGCAAAUAACCUAAUUGUUGAAGUAUUAAUCUAUAAGUCGCUUAAAACUUAUCAGUAAGAAAUGCUCAUAUUUGUAUCUUAUUUUGUUUACAACCACGCAAUAUUUUGCUUCCCACUUAACUCAUGAUCUAUCAUGGAAUCGAUAGUGAAGUAGCAUUUGCCAUAUGUUGAUAGAUUUAUACUUAAAAAAAGGACUGGAGUUCGUUUUCUAUCGGGUUAUCGGCGUAAUAACCCACUUGGAAUGUUGGUAAAAUACUCAGUAAUUUAUUUCGUAUAUCAUUGAGUCAGUGAGUUACUUAGUGAGUGAUUGAGUGACUGGGUAAGUUAGGUAGUCAGUCAGUCGGUCGGUCAGUCAGUCUGUCAGUCAAUCAGUCAGUCAGUGAGCCGGUCAGUCAGUCGGUCAGUCAGUCAGUCAAUCUGUCAAUCAGUCACACAGUCAUUUAAUCAGUCAGUCAGUCAGCCAGUCAGCCAGCCAGUCAGACAUUCAGUGAGUUAAUCAAUUGCUCUGACGAAGGGCUAACGCUCGAAACGUCAGCUUUUUUACCCUUUACGGUGGUCAAUUUACGUUUUCAACUCAGUUGUUAACACUAAAUUACCUGCUAUACUCUCCCACCGACGCAGCACCAAAGUUUCUUUAGAAACUUACCUCCUUUAUUCAGUAAGUUAGUCAGUGAGCCAGUCGUUUAGUCACUUCGUCAGAGUCAUUCAAUGAGUUAUCGAGCCUUCCACUUAACGAAUAAAGGGGGCAAGUUUAAACUGUGGUGCUGCGUCGGUGGGGUAUUACAAGAUAGUUUAGAUUUAUCAAUUGAUUUGAAUUGGCCACCUAGAGAAAUUCUCAAGCUGACGUUUCGAGUGUCAGCCCUUCGGCUCAGUAACACUCUUAACGUCCGUUGUAGAAUCUAGUAACAGUGGCCAAGUAAUAUCAUCAAUCCUGUUGAUAAAACUAGAAAAGUCUUUCACCUGGUCAUGAAGCACUUUUCAACCUUUUUCUUCAGACCUUUUAUUUACUUCACGAAGAAGGCUUCUUUGUGGGCGCCUCGUCUGGUUUAAACGUUGCUGCAGCCGUGAAGGUAAAUUGACUUUUCAUCCUUUCUACCUUAUCAUAGAAUGUAAAUCGUCUUCGUUGGAAGAAAUAGCUGUGUUGACUGUUUCUGCAAGCUUAAAUCAGUGAAUUUGCCCAGGGUGUAUUAAUUAUAAUAAUAAUAAUAAUAAUUAUAAUAGUAAUGAUACUAAUGAUAAUAAAGGAUUUAUUUAUACACGAUAAAAAUACAGCUUAGCUGCUGUGGUCGUGUCAUGUUUACCUCAGAUAUGGUCGGAUAAAGCCCGAACGGUGUCGAGAGUAGCCCGACGGAACGAGCGGCGAAACCGCCAGAGAGAGUUGUUAGGGGCACAACACAAUUAGCAACAAUCAGGAGGGCUCCUGCACUAAUCCAGUUUUAGCUUUCAUGGCAACGUAUAGGUUUUUUCUGCCUCUUACUUAGGAUUAGUAUCAGUUGGGUGUCGGGCCCAUUUCCUCGGCCCGAGGAAAUGGGCAAAAAUAGAGGCUUCUCUGAGAAUAUAAUCAAUAUUGUGACAUAAAAUCGCCCACCUUCGAUAGUUAGAGUAUUUGUUUGUUUUUAUUCGGAAAGCAUUCCACUUGAACUCAAAUGAACUUACUGAUGUCUUUUUGUUUCACAGGUCGCCGAGAUGCUUGGUCCGGGCCACGUGAUUACCACAUGUCUGUGUGACACAGGGCAGGUACGUUCCAAGUCACGUGAUUUUGUUCAACUUUAGUCACUGCCUUUUCUUACUAACAAUAUUUUAUUUCCUUUUUUUUUGGCUCCCUACACCAUGUAGAAAUACUUCGCGCGUCUCUUUAGUAAAGACUGGAUGGAGUCGAAAGGUAACUAUAUUUUUGAACUUUUCGCUUAGACCGCUGCGUCAAAAGUAGAUAAUUGGAUGAAAGAAUUUAAGCCCCAUAUCGGAAUUAAGAACUUCUCGCGCUUUUCUGAAAAGCAACAAACGUUGAUAAAGGAUUGAAAUAGUCUCUUUCUUAUUUUUCCGCGCCCAAAUGCUGGUUUACAAUUAAUACACAAAUUUUUUCCACCUGCAGGUCUUUUAGAUGUAAUUCCUGAAAAGUAUCGUCAUUCCUUGCAUUGA